GGCUUUCGAGCCGAGUGAUUCCCUCAUUCUGCUUCCGGGGCAUUGGAAGCGGGAGAUGGCGCCGGUUCGAAAGAACGACGGGCGCUUGCAUCUGGCCUGCCCCAUCCAGGACAAGCCUCCGCCUUGGGAUGCGGACCCCAGGUUCUGCCGGGAGUUUGGGCCUGAGGAUUAUGGAGAUGAGGACAUAGUAGCUUUCCUUCGGAGGCUCAUGGCCCAUGACCCCCAGGGCCGACACCAAAUCCGAAUGAAUGGGAACAGUGGUCGACUCCAGCUGUGGCAUUAUGACCCCAGCCUGGACAAUUUCUAUGAUGAUGAUGAGGAGGAGGAACAGGGGGAAGGGGAAGGGGCCAGGGGUAGGAAUAAAAGUCAGAGUACCUUCUGUGGUUUCCGAAAGUCCCUUCCAUGCCAGUCCUGCAGAACUUGGUCCAGCCCCAGGCCUUGGUCCAGCCCCAGCCCCCCACGAUCAGCCUUCUCCCGAGGCCGUCCUCCUAGCCCUCUUGGCCCAUCCCUGCUUGAACUGGAAAUGCCCCAGAAGCUGCUGGUGACUGAGGAGGAAGCUGACCGCUUGGCAGAGGAGCUUGUGGCUGAAGAGGAACGAGCAAAGCGAAGAGCAGAAAAGAAACGGCUAAAGAAGAAGCGACAGAAGGAGCGGAAACGUCGAGAGCGAAUGGAACAGGAGAGUGGGGAGGGCAAGGUGAUGGAAGGGGCUGCAGCAGCAGCUGUAGCUAGCCCAGAGGCAGCAGGGGCAAGCAACCUUACCUCCAGCCCCCAGAGCCCUAGUCAGGGUAGCAGCAAUGAGGAGGAAGAAUUGGAUUUGUCAAGCACCUUUGUGUCUCAAGCCUGGCGCAAGGUCGGGGACAGGCCUCCUAAUUCCCGGAGAGAGAGAGGGUCGAGCCCUGAGCCCCCCACCUGGAACCGACAGAGUCAGAGCCCACCGGAAGGGAGCCGGAGUCAGAGUCCUCAGCCAGAGGCACUCCCUGGAUUACAGGCAGCUGCCGUAAGGCAGAGCCAAGAGCUGGCAGAGCUGGGUACAGCUGCAGCCUGGAGGGGCAUGUAUCAGGAAGCUGUGCUCCUCUUCACGAAGGCUAUAAAGCUCAACCCUCGGGAUUACAGACUCUUUGGGAAUCGGUCAUUCUGCCAUGAGCGUCUGGGCCAACCUGGCUGGGCCCUGGGGGAUGCAAGAGUUGCCCUCAACCUUCGACCACAAUGGCCCCAGGGCCUGUUCCAGUUGGGCAAGGCUCUGGUGGGCCUGCAGAGGUUCAAGGAAGCAGCUGAUGUAUUCCGAGAGACUUUGGCCAUGGAUAAGUCCCAACCAGAUGCUGUACAUGAACUUCAGCAGUGCCUCCUCCAGCUUACUCUGCAGGAGCAUCAAGGGGGAAUCCAUGGUGCAGCUUUGAAACCCAGGCCCCCACAGCAGUUUCCCCACUCUCAGGCUGGGGCCCAGGGAUUGCUUCCCUUAAAUCAUUUUGCUGCAGUAUCCCCUCGGAUCCAGGGCCUUCUGCCUCCCCCACGGCUUCCCUCUGCUCUCUGGCCCAUCACCCAGGCUCAGAGUGGAAGUUUCUGGUCCACCCAGCUUCAGGAUUUCAGCAAGGCAAGGGGCAUCCUAGGACAGCCACCACGCCCGCCUCUGUCCAGAUUUGGUCCCCAACCAUUCAUCCUGCCGGUCCCAGUUGCAGCUCCAUUACCUGCAGUUCAGCACCUUCAACUGCCAAAAACCUGGAGUCUCUAGCAAAGCCUCAAGGCAGGUGCAGCAUGUGUGACCUUCCUAUGGGCCCCAUUUAGGACCCUGAAGAUGACUGCUGUUGUUAGGGAGCUGUGUGUCCUAAGGCUUUGUCUGGGGGAGGGCUACCUCCAACCUGAUGCCUGAUGUCUGAUGAAGAUACCAUAAUGGCCAGGUUUGGCUGCUGGAGGUUGAGGCAGAGCUUUGUGUGCUGGUCCCCCUUGCAUUCCAAGUCUAGGAACUGAGCUCAAUAAAAUGUUCUUCAACCUCAAACA